CAUUUUACAUCUAUAUUCAAUGCUCUCCUGGCCGGUAAAGCUUUAGUCGCAGCACACAAUAAUUUUGGCCCUUUACUUUAUGCUGCUUCCUUAAUUCAGAUCCCCGUGCCUCUUUACCGACCUGCUGGUUCUUGCAUCUCACGAUCAUCUGUCUUUUCCGAAAGCCUGGACAGUCUGCAACUCUGCAUGCAUCACUCAUCGCAAUCUCUGUCAGAGUGCUGAUUUGCUUGUGCUGUAAAGACUCCCCAUGAGACCACCACGCCAUCUUCUUUGUACUAGGGGCUUCUUUGUACAUAUGUGGCGCCUGCAGUUGAUGCAAUCAUGCAUACGGACAUUAGCUCCAGCAAGUGACGAGAUGGCGUCUCGCCCGAGGGCUAAGGUUGAGGACAGCGCGUGGGUGGCCGACGUCGAGAAGGCGCUGACUGCCGGUGACCUGUCGGCGGAGGUGGCGCUUUGGCGGUGGCACGCCAUCUACCGCGUGCCUGCGUGCAUCAAGGACCUGAACCGCAAGGCUUACCAGCCGCAGGUGUUGUCCCUGGGCCCUUUCCACCACGGCGAGCCGCACCUGCUGCCCAUGGACCUGCACAAGCGCCGCUCGCUCCUCCACUUGCUCCGGCGCGCGCGCAAGCCGCUGUCGGAGUUCGUCGCCGCCGUGGCCGGCGUGGCGGAGCAGCUGGAGGGCGCGUACCAGGGCCUCGUAGACGACUGGCGCUGCAAGGAGGAGGCCGAAAUGAGGGAGAGGUUCCUGGAGCUGAUGGUCACCGACGGCUGCUUCCUGCUGGAGGUGAUGAGGACGGCGUCCGGGUGGGAGGUGAACGACUACGCGCCCAACGACCCUGUCUUCAGCAGCCACGGUCUUCUCUACACCGUGCCCUACAUCCGCCGCGACAUGAUCAUCAUCGAGAACCAGCUGCCGCUCCUCGUCCUCGACAAGCUUCUCGCCGUCGAGACCGGCAAAGAUGGGCAGAACGAGGACUUGAUCAACCGGAUGGUGCUGAGGUUCCUCUCCCCGGCUGCCUGGCCUCCGGUGACCGGCAUCGGGCUGGCGCUCCACCCGCUCGACAUCCUCCGCCGUAGCCUACUCUACGGCCCCACGCAGACGGCUCCCCCCGCGCCGCCGCAUCACUCGGCCCCGGACGACAUCAUUCGUUCCGCGGAGGAGCUCUACGAGGCGGGAAUCCGUUUCAAGCGGAGCCAGACGAGCAGCCUCCUGGACAUCAGCUUCCGUCGCGGCGUGCUGCGGCUGCCGGCCAUCAUGGUGGACGACACCACGGAGUACAUGUUCCUGAACCUGAUGGCGUUCGAGAGGCUGCACGCCGGAGCCGGCAACGAGGUGACCGCCUACGUGUUCUUCAUAGACAACAUGAUCGACACGGCGGCGGACGUGGCGCUGCUGACCUGCCGGCGGAUCGUCCACAACACGGUCGGCAGCGACAAGGCGGUGGCGAAGCUCUUCAACGGCAUGUCCAGGGACGUGGUGCUGGAGCCGCACAGCGCCCUGGACGACGUGCACCGGCAGGUGAACGCCUACUGCCGGAAGAGGUGGAACAGGUGGCGCGCCAACCUGGUGCACACCUACUUCAGGAGCCCAUGGUCGUUCCUCUCCCUCGCUGCCGCCGUCUUCCUCCUCGGCAUGACCGUCAUGCAGACCGUCUACACCGUCCUCCAGUUCUACCAGGAUGCCACCACCACCUAGCUUAUCUAGCUAAGGCUCCAUUUGUAGUCUUCUACCCUACUGAUCAACUUAUUCAGGUAUCACGUUCGGUGUUUUAGACAUCAUUGUUUUUUAUG